CACCGGAAGCAGCAUGUUGGUUAUUUCCGGUUCUGUUAUGAUUCGGAUCAGCGAUGCUCCGCGCGGCUGGUCAGUGAUUACAACCACUCCUUUCCAGACUGGUACCGGGCUGAACAGAACCGUCCUGUUCGCGUCAGGGUGGAACCCAUGUUGACAUGAUGGACCUGUUCGGGUCGGAAGGGGAAGUUCUGCUCUCGGACCGGAUGUCCAACAUGUCCGGUUCUGAUGAGACCGGACCUCACGGCUGUGAGAACGGAGCGCUGACCGACAGGUUCGGGGUUCUGAUCCAGGCUCUGCUGGCCGCGGUGGCUUUCAGUACGCUGAUGUUGAAAAGGUUCCGGGAGCCUUUGGGUGUCCGACGGCCAUGGAGGAUCUGGUUUUUUGACACAUCCAAGCAGGCCAUCGGAGCUUUGUUCAUCCACUUUGCCAACGUCUUCCUGUCCACGCUCACCGAAGAGGACCCCUGCUCCCUGUAUCUGAUGAACUUCCUGCUGGACGCCACGCUGGGGAUGCUCGUCAUCUGGGUGGCUGUGAAGUUGGUCUCCAGACUGGUGGAGAUCAAGCAGUGGAGUUUGCUUCAGUUUGGAGAAUAUGGGGACCCUCCCCAGGCUGCAGCGUGGCUUGGUCAGGGUGGCGUCUACCUGCUCAUCAUGGUGCUGGAGAAAGGUGUGAUCAGCCUGGUUCUGCUCAUCCCAGGAUGGUCCAAGCUGCAGGAGGUGCUGCUGAGCUACAUCUCCAACCCUCAGCUGGAGCUGGCGCUGGUCAUGCUCAUCGUUCCAUUCGUCGUCAAUGCCGUCAUGUUCUGGGUGGUCGACAGCCUGACCAUGAGGAGGCGCAAGACCAGCAAGGAGGCGUCCGAGAAGAAGGACGAGUCUCUGCCAGCAGGGGGCGGCAGCGAAGAGUCUCAGGUGACGAUGGAUGUUCUGGUUUUCCUUUGGUUCCGAGUCGUCAGUCCAGAUCCGGUUCUAAAGCAGAACUAAACGGGUUCCACCCUGAGGACCAGGUGGACGUCCUAAUGUUCUAACAGCAAUCAGAAUCAGAAUAAAGAUCUGUUCUUCCAUCUGUAGAAAUGUUUGCAUAGAUUGUUAAUGGGAGCAGAUAGAUUUAUAAACACAGCAGACCAAAAUGUUAUGA